AUGAGAUCAGAGGUCCAGAAAUGGGCAACGCAAAUUAAGAAAAAGGCAUGGAUCAUCUCCGAUACCGUGUCUCUCGGCAAUGUCGCUCACAUGAGAAAUCUAUUGACUGAAAUAGUUCCUGCCGAACCCGAGUCAAACAAGAGCUUGUACGGGUAUAGCUUUCUAUUUAACACGCAAACCAACAGCGAUCUUGGAAUUGACGGAUAUGACAAUUACCAGGCGCCAAAGAGUUUGUCGGGCCAGCCGCUCUAUCUCAGGCGGAUGUGGGCGGGCGGAGAAUUCGAGUUUGUGAAGAAACCUCACCUUGGCGAAGUGAUAAACUGCCGCGAAAACAUUACAGCAGCCAGAACAAUCGGAAAUGCGACUUUUGUGCUGAUAAAUAGAGAUUUUAAGAGCUCGUCGUCUUCGUUGAUCAACGAACUUCGUACGCUCAUAUACACCAAUGAACCUUUCCAGGAGACCAAGAGGGAGGACAGUCCGGAACAAUCGUUUGACCAUCUCUUCAAGACAAAGUUUACUCUUCAGCAUAUCAUGCGAUAUAAUUUUCUCACGUACAAUCUACACAAGAUACACUACGACGCAGAGUUCUGCCGGCGGGAAGGCUUCCCCAACGUCCUAGUUUCAGGCCCGUUCAUGGUGCUGAUACUUCUACAUUACUUCUGUUCCAAGUAUGCUGGAAUUUCAAUCAGGAAGUUCAAGUAUAGAAACAGCAGGCCCUGUUUCAUAGACACAGAUGUGACUCUAGGUAUCAAGGAGGGACAUGGAUGCUUCGAGGUGCAACUUUUGUGUGGACAACACAUCGCAUGUAGCGGAGUAAUCAGUCCGAAAUUAUAG